GUUCGGCUGUGUAGCUGUGUCAUAAUAUUAUAUCUCUUGUUAAACAAAAAUAAUAGGUGAAGUCGAAUCGAAGAUUGUCCAUUUUUACUGUAAAACUACGUGGUUCUUGGUGCGUGCGAACAGACAAAAGAAGUACCUGGAACCUUGCUGCAGCUGCUAGUGGUAGUGCGUUUCCAUUGAAAAGAAAAAUGGACGACAUCGACGAGUUCUUCGAUUUCAGCAAACCGUUCAACCGGGUCGUGAUUUCCGGCGGUUACUGCAAUGCGACCGUGGUGGAGGACAAAACCAUGUUCAACAAAAUGCCGGAGAGGGAGAAAAUGGGCAAGGAAUACGCCGGGAAAUAUAUCAAGGAGGAAGAAAGCCAGCUGAUCAAUGCCUUCCUGGACGAAGCGGCAGGACCGUCUACGUCGCGCACGUCAAAUCUGGAAGACGUUGAUGAUGAGUCUUCGAUGGCCGACGAAGAUGAAGAGCACACUAAAGCGCUGAAGGCCAAAGAGAUGAUGCUUCCUUUGUUCCAGAAGUACAAUUUCACCCUGAAGCAGAACAAGUUGCCUAUUCGCUAUUCGAAGGAUGAGAUUUUGACUCGCAUUCGGGAAAAUCCAGUUAUCGUACUGGAAGGUCCUACCGGUUGCGGUAAGACGACACAAGUACCUCAGUUCUUAUUGGAGGAAGCCUUUCAUCGAAAGGAAUACUGCAACAUUAUUGUGACUCAACCACGCAAGAUUGCUGCUAUGUCCAUUGCCCGGCGGGUGGCUGAAGAAAAAAAGUGUGAACUGGGAUCUUUGGUGGGGUUCAAGGUUGGAUUGAAGGAGUGUGUUAGUCCCGAUACUCGAUUGUUGUACGUAACUACGGGUGUGCUGUUGCAGUCAAUGAUUAAUUCCAAGUCUAUGGCCAAUUACACUCAUGUGAUUUUGGACGAAAUCCACGAACGUGAAGUGGACAUGGAUUUUUUGUUGAUCGUUGUUCGCCGAUUCCUGGCUACGAAUUCUACCAAAACUAAAGUUAUCCUUAUGUCGGCUACGAUCGACUCCAAGGCGUUCUCGGAAUAUUUCAAAACUCCAAAGAAAAUCGGCUAUCUAACGGCACCGAUCAUCUCAGUCGACAGACCACGACUGUACAACGUGUAUGAUUACUACUACGACGAUUUGGACAAACUGAGAAUGGACUUCGCGAUUGAUUACGAGAAUCCUGGAAUUUCGACACACAUGUACACUGUUGGCGCGAAGCUGGUUCUCGUGUGCGAUAGGAUUGUCGAGAACGAUGCUCGUGACGAAGCAAACCUGCUGUACAAACCAUCUGUUCUGAUGUUCCUGCCGGGUAUUAAUGAGAUCGACCGGAUGGAUCGCACUCUGCGUGAGAUGUUGUCCCGAAUUCCAGAUAACAACGAAAAACCCAACCUGGACAUCCAUCGUCUACAUUCAAUGCUCCCGGCUGAUGACCAGGUGAAGGUGUUCCGUAAACCAGCCCCAGGACAGCGCAAAGUGAUUCUUUCGACCAACAUUGCUGAGAGUUCCAUUACUGUUCCGGACGUCGUGUACAUUAUCGAUUUCUGCCUACAGCGUGUCCUGUUCACUGAUACUGUAACCAACUUUUCUUCUUUACGAACGGAUUGGGCUUCUCAGGCCAACUGUAUACAACGAGCCGGUCGUGCUGGACGUCUGAUGAAUGGUCGUGUCUAUCGGCUGGUCGAUCGUCGCUUCUACGAAAAUCAGAUGGCCUUUUCGACCUCGCCAGAAAUUCUCCGUUGUCCGUUGGAGAAUGUAGUUUUGAAAGCUAAACUGUUGGAAAUGGGUCCACCUCAUUCAAUUCUUGCGCUGGCUAUGAACCCGCCAGAUCUGAGUGACAUUCGAAACACGGUUCUGCAGUUGAAGGAACUUGGAGCGCUAGUGAAGACGGUUAAAGGCAAGUAUGAACAACUCGAUGGGGACUUGACGUACAUGGGACGGAUCAUGGCAAGACUCCCACUGGAUCUGCGCAUUUCCAAAAUGAUCAUCCUGGGAUACAUCUUCAGUGUACUGGAGGAAUCGAUUAUUAUCGCGGCGGGGAUGAAUGAGAAGAACAUUUUCCUGAAUCAGAGCUCCGUGCGGGGAUACUCACAAAAGAUGUACUGGGCCGAUGGAUCCGGCAGUGACGGAAUUGCGAUUCUGAAUGCAUUUAUUGCUUGGAAAAGUCGUAAAGAGCAGGCUGGCAAUGAAAGUGAUAUGGCCAACUGGACUCGCCGCAUGUCCCUGGAUUUGAAGUGUCUCAUGGAUAUGGCGGAACUGAUUCGUGAACUAAAGGAUCGUCUCAACAAAAUUGGCAUGAAGGAAAUAUCCGGACCGGGUCGGGUUGUUUGGUCUUCACGUGAGAAGACGGUUAUUCUGAAGGUGAUUAUGGCCGGGGCGUUCUAUCCAAACUACUACGUUCCGAUGUCGGUUGGCGGAAAGGAAUUGAUGGAACGUCAGUCGUUCACCGAGCUGGGUGGACGAGAUCCUUGUAACACCGUAUUCUUCACCGGUUUCGAUCACGAAAAAUACAUCGGCCCACUGUACACGAUGCAGAUUAAGAAGAUUCUCUGCGAGGGAGACUCCACCAAGUUUCAGAAUAUGAAGGUCAUGUACGAUCGAACUACCAACCGCAUUUUCGUCACGUUCCUCGGCAGCAAUGAUGAACACGAUCAGCGGGGUUCGUUCAUGCCCGGAAAGGUACAUGCCGACGUGUAUCGUGCCAUAAAACUGCGCAAACUGGGUGCCCGCAACCGGAUCAUGGAAAUCAAAACCAUGCGCCAGCGAGAUGCCAUUGAUUUUGCAACGGAAAUGAAACUGGGACACUGGGAGGACGCCAACGGAUGGGUUCCACGGCGCAAGGUGAUCCGCAAUGCUCACCUCUCGGUGCUUCCGGCCAUCCAUCAGGCCGCUAUGGUAUGUCAGGUGACGAACGUGGUACAUUGCAAUAAGUUUUAUCUGCGCCCGGAAGAUACGAAAAACAAGGACAUAUUUGUGGACAUCCAUUCGAAGCUGAACUCGAGAAUGUACCAGCUGGAGCGCUUUGAAUCCGGUUAUCAAUUCAGCGUCGGUCAAGUCGUAGCUGCUCCCCUUGAAGAGGGUAGCGACCGAUAUGCUCGAGCUAUUUUGAAGAGCUACAGGAACAUGCGUACUGAUCAAGUAAUGUAUACCGUGUUCUUUAUGGAUUACGGUCAUUCGGCGAUUUUGGGUAAAUCAGCUUUCAGGAAAUUAGACGGCCCUCUAGAGUACAUGAAAGACAUUCCUCAGCGAGUAUUUGAGGCCUCUUUGACAGAGGUUCAGCCCUCGGCCAUUAUUUCACCACAAGGCAUUUGGACCGCACAGUCUAUCAAUCGUUUCAAGGAGAUGACUCUCGGGAAGAUUUUCGUUGCGGAAAUCUAUUCGGUAGUAAAUAAUGUGGCCAGUGUUAUCCUGAAGAAGGGAGACGAUUUUCCUAUAAAUUCCGAACUCAUCCGAUUGAAGUUCGCUCAGUACGCUGAAGAAAGCUACAUUUCCAAGUUGGAUCACGACCAACGUGAGCGUAAGCAACGGGAAAUGUCCUUCGACGAAGACAUCCGUCAUGAAGUGUACAAUUCGUCAAAAAUGAAUCAAACCAUGUACGUAGAAGAUGAGUUGGAAGAUGUUUCUCCUCCUGAAGAGAAACUGCGAUGCAAGGUUUUGCUCUCGGGCCCACACAGUCCUUUGGAGACAACCGCUUCAGCGACGGUCCGAUCCUCAGUUAUGAAGCCCGUUACAAUCGAAAAUGAUUCGGUGAAUUCCAUCCUGUUGGAUUCCAAUCCUCAGGAUACUCACGAAAAGUUGCUCGUUGGUGCGUAUGUUCACGAACAAGGCAAUCGUUUGGUCGUUCGACAAGCUUCUCUGAUGCCUAACAUUCCCGGCUUUGGCGUCUUGAUGGCACUGAUUUUCUGUCCCACCUGUCAGGUGAAGAAGGAUGAGGAAGGAACCCGCGUUGUUUCCCUUCUUACGGGCUUAGGUUUCGAUAAGACCACCGGAGAAUCACUUUACCCAGAACACGACUUGGCAAUGACGUUAGAUAUCGUUCUAUCUGAUGACGAUAUAGUUGAGAUCAACGCUCUGCGGUACACCAUGGAUACCAUCCUGCACACCGAUCAGGACCAAACCGUGCCUAAGUUUGGUGACAUUUCGAUCGAGAACUUGAAAGCAAAAGUGAAGCAGUAUAUCAUUAAAAUUCUGGAACACGAGCGUAAAUUCAUGGACAUACGCCAUGCACCGAAUGACUACAGCUGGAGGAUCGAAGAAGACGCAAAUCCGGUCGAGUCGUUGUCUUCGUCAUCGAAGAAACGCAAGCAAGACUUCAACAUCUACGACAAUGCGAUUUUCCCGCUUCUGCCUCCGCUCAACCUGCUGCCGGUCAGUGCCAAGCAGUUGGACUUCCUGAAGAAACACUGCCGCGAGCUGCACAAGUUGGCUCUCACGGAUGUCAAUCUACCACGUCACGGUAUCUCAUGCCAGAUGUGCAACACCAUUCUGGAGACAUUGCCUCAGCUGCGUAUUCACCUCUACUCGAAGUUGCAUCGUGACCGCGAAUCACAGAUCAAGUUCCGCUAAGAUAAUAGUACCUUUGGCUUUUUUUUUUUCGUUUAUGAAUUUCCAAUUUAUUUUCAUUUUACUUUGCCGUUUUACCUCUAUUCUAUGUUCGGACGUUAAUGUUAAAGUCUGAAUUCGUAAUUUGUUUUAUUCAUUUUGUUCUAUUAUAUCGAUAGAUUUUGUCAUGUCCCAUGGACAAAGACAGAAAUAAAGAUAUGGGAAAAUACCCUAUUCGCUAAAGCUGAUUGAAUACCGUCCUAUAGAGUCUGUCAGUCACAGCCACAGCCGCUCGAGGAAAACACGAGUUCUUGGAAGAGUUCAAAGAUGGCCGUCAUGAUAGCUGAUGUGCCCUAUCACUUCAAGUUUAUUAAGCACAAAUCUCUGACUCUGUUGCGAUAUAGCUCUUGAAAUUUUAACUCCCUGUUUACUGCACCGCAGCAAACGUGAAGUUCCAGUUUCUUUGCUAUAUGUUUGGGGGAGCUGAAAUUUGUGAUCUUGAAAUUUUAAGGUGAUAGUAAGAUUAUUCAAAAAUAAGGUUUCCGCAGCGAUUCACCUUAAAGCUCUAUACCUGCGAUGCGUUUCUGCUACUAUUGCAAUGGGGAUGUCGACGGGAUUUCUAUUAAAAAAGAAGUGAUUUUUAAGGCGCUAAUAUUAGUUGCAUCGUGUGUAUGGGAUUUUGAUGUUCAAAUUCAAAGGGCAUGAAGUGGAACAUUUUUUUUUGUAUCUUUCAAAAGUAGGCCAGAAUAAAGAAAACACAUUAAAGUUUGUUUAAGUAACCAAUCUACGCGUAUGCUGAUCAUAUCUACUAUCAACGCAUGUGUUAUGUUAAAGUGAACUUUAUUUUCACGACGAGAGAAAUUGUAGCCUGAAUUUGAGUGAAAUCUGGAAUUUACUUCGGUCUCAAAGCAUCAACGUCACUAACUGCUUAUUGCUGAAGGCAUGUCGAAUAAUUCCGGCUUACCUUCGUAUUCAGCAAGGCGUGUCCAGUAGUUACGGUAUUGGAGCUAGCAAGUCGACUCAUCUCACCAGAAACAAA